AAGAUCGUUUUCUGUCAUGAAAUCGAUAACAAACCAGAACAAGAGCUAGCUCCGUCGCACAUUGCAAAGCGAUUGCGAAAGCAAAAUCAAAUCCCUAAUAACAAUAAUUUCAAUCGAAUCGGUGUCUAACUCUAUCAGAGUCUAGUGCAUGAUCAUAAUCCACAAACAAAUCGAUCUAUCCACCUGAAAAGCAAUGGGGAAAAAUCAAGCCUACAAAGCUAUGCAGAGAGCUAGGCUUGGCGGUGCCUCCGGCGGCCCCGACGAGGUUGAAGAUGGCAUGGUGGAUGGUUCAUUUCAUUCUCCAGAGUGGCAUGCUGCCCGUUUGGCUAGCCUUAAAACCUCUCACACGAUCACCUGGGAAGAGUACAAAAAGAAACAAAAGGAAGAAGAACUGAAAAAGGGGGAGCUGGAAGCAGAUGCAGAUAGGAUGAUGAGGGAGUACAGGGCUCAACUAGAUGCUGAAAGGGCUCGCAAACUUUCCCAGGGAAGAAAUCACUCUAGUAGCAAGUCUAAACAUUCAAAAGAUAAGAAGGACAAAAUUUCGAAGAAGCAUAGCAGCAAGAAACGAAAGCAUUCAAGAAGAUCUUCUCCAUCUAGCUCCUCUUCAUCAUCUUCAUACUCUUCUAGUAGUGAAGACGAGAGAUCGUCAAAAAGAUCCAAGUCCAGGUCUAAGCGAUCAAAGAAGGAGAAGAAGUAUAAGUCAAAAAGCAAGGAUUCUGGAUCUGAUAAUGACGGACCAGUUCCCCUAUCAAAAUUUUUUGGGACAUCAAGAGUUGACAGUGGUUAAAUACUUGGUUUUGUAUCAUAAAAUUGUUUUUAUGCAAAUAGUAAAUUACGGUCAGCUUUACUUUUAUGAUUAGUGUAUUCUUUACCUAUUUGUAUUUUUAUGUUAUAUUCUCUGUUCUCUCUCAAGAAGUUGAUUGUCUCUUUGGUUGAUUGGUGUGAGAAGAGAGAUGGACAUUGAGUUUUACUUAUUUAAAAUUGCACAAUCAAUGUUUGACUAACACUUCUGAUGAAGAGGUUACAUAUGAAUGCAUUGCAUUGCUCUUUCAUGGAA